UUGCGGUAUGUAUUGACUCUCCAGACUUAGGAGGCGAUGUAAAACAUUCGUGAGAUCUCGAACUAUACAGAACUUGCGAAGAAGUGCAGUGUUUUGGACUUUAAUCAUUCAAAAUGGACAUCGAUUGAGCAGAGACUCGCACCACACAAAGGAGCAGAAUGUCUUUAUUUCUUCCGUGUGGAACGAUUAACCGUUGAUUGUGUGUAAAUGCAAUUUGGGUGAAAAUCCAAAACUUCAACUGUCCAUGGGUCUGCCAAAAUGGCGGCCGCUGUUUAUGUAUUUGCUGCUUUUGUUACAUGGAAUUUGAUGUGUGUUGGGGGAACAUUGGGCUCACAGCAACAAUGUCCUACCUACUGUAAUUGUUUAGGAAAUCUCGUAGAUUGCUCUCGGCAAGGUCUUAUAAAUGUUCCAAAAGAUCUCAUAUUUCCAGCAUGGACAACUCGCCUAGAAUUGCAGAACAAUGGAAUCUCUUCCUUAUCAAAAGACGAUUUUAAGGGAUUGAACAAUCUGACCCAGCUAGACAUCAGUUCCAAUGACCUGCACUUCCUAAAUGACAGCAUAUUUGAACAUCUUACAUCUUUGGAAAUUUUGAAGAUCAACCAUAACAAAAUCAAUGAAGUGCCACAGCUGAAAGGACUGGGAAAGUUGAAAGUUUUAGAAUUAAACCACAACCACAUAGGAAUUCUGUCCCAGGAGUUCAUGGCUCACAUGACCCAGCUAGUCUCCCUGGAGCUGAACCACAACUCGCUGACGGACAUAGUUCCCGGGGUGUUCCCAGCGAACAACUCCCUACAGAAACUGGUUCUGAACAACAAUUACCUAGAGUCCUUCGAAUCGAACUGUUUUGACAACUUGACAACUUUAGAGGUUCUGAAAAUCAACAAAAACAAAGUGACCACCAUCUCGAAGGAUAUCUUCAAACGACUCAAGAAAUUAGAGACCUUGGAGAUGACAAAGAACAAACUGAAAGAAAUUGGUGGACUAACAUUUCAGGAUUUGAAAAAUUUGAAGGUGUUAAAGUUGAGAAAGAAUUCCAUUUCGAAGAUCUAUGAUGGGGCUUUUUAUGGACUGGACAAACUUGUCACAUUGCAAUUGGAACAUAACAACAUGACGAGGGUGACACAGUCUUGGUUGUAUGGACUGAAGGGGUUGCGGGAGAUAAACCUUGCACACAACAGGAUCAACACCAUUGACCAAGAAGCCUGGAGGGGUUGUGUUUCGAUUGACACGAUUGAUUUGUCCAACAACAGACUUGUGACAGUCAGCAGCCUGGCCUUCUCCAAACUAGGUCACCUGAAGAAGCUGUACCUCAAUAGUAACAUGAUCACUAAUAUCCAGGGCGGGGCCUUCCAACAUCUGCAGGAUCUCGAGGAACUGGAGUUAAACAACAAUGAAAUAUCCUGGACAAUUGAGGACAAAUCAGGUGUUUUUGUCGGCCUGGAGAACCUGAUUAAGCUGAAGCUGGAAAACAACAAGAUAAAAUCCAUUGCCAGUGAUGCGUUCAGGGGACUGACCAACCUUAAGGUUCUCAGUCUGAACAUGAACAAUAUCACAUCCAUCAAGGACAACGCUCUAGAGAGUAUGGUGUCGCUGCAACAAAUGUACAUGAACUCGUCCAGCUUUCUUUGUGACUGCCAGCUUCAGUGGUUGCCCACAUGGUUAAUUCAGAAGACAUUCCACACCAUGGUCAGUGCGAAGUGUGCCUACCCUCCCAAACUCGCUGGCAAGAGUAUAUUUCUGGUCCAGGCAGAUGAAUUCAAGUGUGAUGGUGAUUUCCUGAAGCCAUACAUUACCACUCAUCCCAAGACCAGGGUGGCUCUGAAGAAGGACAAUAUAACCUUGACCUGUCAGGCGAUCAGUACAGAGGAUUCUGGGACAGUUUUCAUUUGGAAAAGGAACAAUGUUAUGUUGACAGAGGAAGUAUCCAGCACUAAGGAGGCGGGGCUUCUGAGUGACGGACGGCGUAUUUUCAACUUCACCUCCCGUCUUUCGCUGAAGAACAUCCAGGAGAAAGAUGUGGGAAACUUUCAGUGUAUCAUCACCAACAAGUUUGGCUCGGCUUAUUCUGUCAAAGCCAACAUUACCAUCCACGAAUACCCCGAGUUUAUCAAAACUCCAAACAAUGUCACAGUGAAAGUCGGAACCACUGCCAGGUUCGACUGCUCGGCCAAAGGAGAACCGAAACCGAAGAUCGUAUGGAGGAAGAAUGGGGGGACUUUCCUGGCCGCUAACGAGAACCGCUUCCAUGUGAUGACGGCAGAUGAUGUGUUCUUUAUUGCUCAGGUGAAACCAGAGGAUGAGGGCGUGUACAUGUGUACCGCGUCAAAUUCAGAGGGUCAGAUCAGCGUUAAUGUCACACUGACAGUUCAGCAACCUCCAUCUUUUAUGGAGCCAAUGAAGAGAAAUAAAGUGGUGAAUGAGGGCCAGACAGCGGUUCUGGAAUGUAUGGCUGAAGGUCGUCCCAAGCCGCUACUGACCUGGAAAAAAGACAAUCGGACUCUGAAGCUGACAAAACGGCACUUCCAUGCUGCAAACAGCCAGUUGUUGAUCAUCGUGAAAACCAUGUUGUCAGACAGCGGGAAGUACACAUGUGAGAUGAGGAACACUUUGGGAAGUAUGAGCGACAAUACUCAGCUCUAUGUACACGGUUUAGAAAAUCGUGUAAAAAAUAAUAAACAGAGCUCCUCGUCAGAGGAUAGCACUAUAGACGAAUCUACCACCACGGGUAUAAUCAUCAUAGCUGUGGUGUGUUGUGUGGUGGGAACAUCUUUAGUGUGGGUAAUAAUUAUUUACCACACGAGGAAAAGGCAUGAACUUUACUCCCCCACGUCUACAGAGGAAUCGCCCAUCCCUGCCGAUUACAUGGGACAGCAGCAGUAUGAUGAGGGGGGAAUGUACACCCACCAAGUGAUGGUAUAUCCCAACCAUCCGGGGUCAUACCAGCAGUACCAAGAGUACCAAAGCAAGGAGUCAGGGUAUGAAUCCUCCUCAGGAAGAAUCCGAGCUGCCAGGGCGGCAGCCAUCUUUCCUAGCGAUGUGGAGGAUGGGAACCAGCUGUCUGGACACAGGGCACCAACUGACCACUCGCCUGAUAACAGUGCUUCGUAUCCGAACAGUGAAACGGAUUCACUCAAGAGUUCUCAGAGCACCAGCAGCACUCACACGAGUGGCCAGCAGACCCUGAGAACAUUCCAUCCAGACAUUAGGGAGGUUCCUCAGCCUCCACCACUGCCCCCCUCUACAAGGGCGCCUCAGAACAAGUGCUCCGAGCAGACAUUCUGUGAAACCUGUGAAAUGUGUCGCGAUGAUCAAAGUGACUCGUAUCAAUGCCAAAGUUUGAACAGACAUUCUAUGCAGAGUGGUACAUACUCAAAUGGAUUAUCACAUCCAGGAGUGCAUCAUGGUUCACUUCCUCAGCCACCAGGUGGCAGCAUUAGAGAAGUAGGUUUAGAUCGACUGAGUGAUAAUCCACCACCACAAGCAUGUGCAUGUUCAUCUUGUCAUAACAACAUCAACCCACCUGUGUGUAACUCAUCUGUGAAAACAAACAGUGCACGUCCCUAUCAUCAUAGCCAACACUCAGCUUCUCAUGCCACCAGCAAUGGUCCUUGUUAUUUAAAUACUCAUGAAAUUCACAUAUGUACAAAUCCGCAUUGUGUACCUCCGGGUGAGAAUCGGGGGUACCGUAGUGACAAUCAGGAGGGGAGAAAACUCCACCGUUUCCGGUCUGCAGAGAAUUGUGUGGUUAGUGACUAUUAUCACCGUGGGGAUGCCAGGGGUCACCACAGUUUGAACCGGAACUGGUCAACGGACAAAAUCCCCCCAACCAUUCCACCGAAACAGCAUAAACACAUGUACAUACAUGCCAACAAGUGUGCUGUGGCACAGAAUGGGGGUCCCCAUGGCAAAUACCCUCUCCCCCAGGACGUCUAGCAUAAUACUGAUGCAUAGUGCAGUGUCUUUUCAAGGGAAGCUACUGGAAUUUGUUCUGAUAUAUGUUCAUGAUUUUUUAAAAGCAUAAAGGAUGCCAGAAAGGAAAGAACCAAUCAAGAGCAAAAGAAAUUUUGAAAUGUCAUCAACAUAUUAAGUGUUAAGAUGUUGUUCCAUCACAUCUUAAAGAAACAAUGCAAAUUUCAGUAGCUUUAAAAUGUAUUUUAGCUGAUAUAGUUUAAAAACUAUUUCAAAACCAGUGAAAUUAUAACCAUUGUUGACUGUGAUUGCGUAAGCCAAAGGUUUCUGUUUUGUUGUUUUUAUGUGUCACUAAUUAGGUUCCUGAAUCAUACAUUUGUUGAACUUACUUUUAUUUCCACAGUGAUGCAUUACUUUAAUAUGUUAUUGCAAAGGCAGAUCAAUUUUUGAGCAUUUCUAACCAAAAGCAUUAAAAACAUUUCUCUUUAUUAUUUUAUAAAGAAUUAGAGUAGGUUUUUUUUGUUUUGUUUUUUUAAAGUGUUGCAUAUAUUCAAACAUACUUUUAAUUAGAUUUCUUUCAUUUGGCAGAAAUAUUUCUCAUUCCAAUUUCAGAUCAUGUCUUGUAUAUCUUGCAUAUAUUUAAGAUGUACAUAAUUAUAUAUUAAAUGAAAUACCUCAUACCACAAAUAUUUGGUUCAUAAAUGUUUUGUUUGAAGGCUGAGUGAUUCUUGUUUUGAAAGUUUCUUUGUGAAAAAUAUUUUUUUCUCUCUCUUUGUCUUUUGAAUUUAAAAAGAAAUAUGACUCAAAAGUUUGUUAGUGAAUUUGAUAGGUGUAAGCAUUUUCAGUCAUGAGCAUUUUACGAGAGAAAACCAUGCCUACAUGUUGGUCGUGUUAGAGGUGCGUGGAGACAUUUUGACUUUGCGUUGUCAUGAGUGUUCCAGUAUCAGCAUAUUGGGUGCUUUAUAUUAUGUAUCAGUAUUUAAAGGUUACUCCUUGUUCAAGGACAGCAUCAUGCUUCAUUGCAGUUAAAUUUGUGUGAAACACGAUGAAUGUCUGAAAAACAUUGGGUAUAUCAAAAGGUAUUGUCAAUGUGAAUAUAUAAUGAAAUCCAUACAUAGUAACCUCCCCUUGUUACGAGAGUUUUUUUGUUUUAUUUCACCCAUUGUCACUUACAAAUCAUGUGAUCAUCAUUUUCAUUAAACAUUAAUAUGUAUUCUGUGUAUUGUUCAUGAAAAAACCCAACUUUGGCCCAACAGCUAUUUGUCCAACACACAAAAAACAACUUAAAAACCCCGAAAUUAAAAUUUUGCUCUCAUAAACCAUUCAGAAUGAAGUUUUCACUUUUUGGUUGACCAGGUAAAGUAGCUGUGAAAUGAUCCAUUAUUGUAUAGUAUAUUUUUUCUGUUCGAUUUCUCGAGGUGCCAUUCGUUACUAAUUGUAUUUCGAUCCUUCAUGAUGAUGUUUUCAUGGUGUUUGUCUGUAUUUACCAUGUAGCUUCAACAUUUAUUUAUUGAUGGUUGUGUACUGUGACAACAUUGAAGCAAUUUCUGUUAUUAUAUUUGUACAGAAAAAUGAUGAAAACAGCAAAUUAAAAUAUUCAAAAUAAU